UGUUUUGAAAGUUUACUUCCUCUGGUUUUAUUUUGAAAUCCAUAACAGGACGCGCUCGUAUAUUAUUAAUGCGUGCAUAAAACCCGGAAGAAGAGAGUGUAAACAAUACCGUAAGUAAUGCAAAGAGUAAAGAUGAAACAGUGAUAUAAUAUUUUUUAGAUUAAAUAAUCAUGGAGGACAAACAGCGGCUGCAGCUCGGAGGAAGCCCGGACUGGAUGUCGCGUUUGCCGCAGAAUCUGCAGGAUGAGCCGCUGUGGAACCUGGCUCUACCCGGAAGCCACGACAGCAUGUCUUUCUGUUUGGACGUCUCCUCUCCUGUGCUGAAAUCAGAGCCCUGUCUCCUCAGACUGACUGACAAGCUGUUUCCCUGCUGUACUCGGCCCUGUGUCUACCGCUGGGCCACCACACAGCAAUCUGUCCUCAGUGAUCAGUGUGAUCUUGGUAUUCGUUUCUUGGACCUGCGGAUCGCCAGGAAGCCAGCAGAAGGAGUCAAAUUGUUCUUUGCCCACGGCAUCUACACACUGCUGACUGUCAAGGAGGCUCUGGAGGAACUGGCUACCUGGUUGGAUGCUCAUCCAAAGGAGAUCGUGAUCGUCUGCUGCUCGCAUUUUGAAUCGCUGACUCUUACAGAUCACACUCGCCUUGUGGAGUACAUCCUAUCCCUGUUUGGAGAAAAACUCUGCUCCUCGCAGGACAUUCCCACCUUGCGCUCCUGUUGGUCCAGAGGUCAGCAGGUUAUUGUUUCCUAUGAUGACCAGCAGAUGGUGCAGCAGUACCCUGAACUGUGGACAAGAAUACCUUACUGGUAUGCUGACAGCACAGACCCAAAGAAGGUGAUUGCUUACCUGGAGGAUCAGAAGCGCAGUGGGAGACCAGCUGGUUUUUUCGUCAGCGGUCUGAACCUGACAGAAGACGCUCCCUACAUCUUUCUCCAUCCUUUCCAGAACCUCAGGAAGAUAACGACGAAGGCUCUCUCACCGCUGCUCGGCUGGGCGAGCGAGCAGCUGCCUGGACCCGAGGCGGGAAGAGUCAACAUCCUCUGCUGCGACUUUGUGGCCAUCAGUGAAUUCUGCUCACUUGUGAUUGGCCUAAACUACAAACUGCUGGGUGGAGCAGGAGCUACUUGAAAGUUGGCUCCCCUCUCCUCUGUCCUGUCUGCAGGAUGCAAAGAGCGUCUCCCAAUCCACAGUAACACUUCUGUCACCUUAAGUGUCUUUUUUUCUGCCAAAAAUCAUCACUGUUUGCACUUGAGCCAAUUUCAGUAUUAAAUAUAAAUGAUAUGCACUCGGAGAUGGCACGUUUGUUUACUUUUACAUGUGACUGUGCCAAAAUCAGUAAACUUUGUUGCUGGAAGAACACA